AACCGAAGCUUUCCCAAUCACGUGCCAAAGUUUACAAAAAUGAAAGUAAGUCUAGUUAUUUUGUUACUUACACAGACUUGUUCCAUAGCCACAAAAUAUGAGCCAACUUGGGAAUCUCUUGAUACAAGACCGCUGCCGAAGUGGUAUGAUGAAUCCAAGAUAGGAAUAUUUCUUCACUGGGGAGUGUUUUCUGUCCCUGCUUUCAAGGGUGCCUGGUUUUGGUAUAACUGGAAAACUGACAAGGACCCAGAAACUGUGAAAUUUAUGAAGGACAAUUACCGUGAAGAUUUCACUUAUGCAGAUUUUGCUCCGGAAUUCCAUGCCACUUUUUACGACCCUGACAAGUGGGCGGAUCUCUUCGAGGCGUCGGGGGCAAAGUAUGUUGUGUUGGUGACAAAACAUCAUGAAGGAUACACACUGUGGCCCUCCCCAGUGUCAUUUAACUGGAAUGCUUAUGAUGUAGGGCCACACAGAGACCUUGUUGGUGCCCUGGCAGACUCCAUAAGGAACAGGACAGACAUUCACUUUGGAGUUUACCAUUCUCUUUUUGAGUUUUACAACCCUCUGUAUCUACAAGAUGUAGCCAACAAGCACAAAACACAAAAUUUUGUUCGGAACAAAGCCUUACCUGAGCUGUACGAGCUUGUAAACAGGUAUAAACCUGAGGUGGUCUGGUCAGAUGGAGACUGGAAUGAAAAUAGUACUUACUGGAACUCAACGGAAUUCUUGGCCUGGCUCUUUAAUGACAGCCCAGUGAAAGACACAGUAGUAACCAAUGACCGCUGGGGAAAAGAUGCUAACUGUAAACAUGGAAGCUUCUGGAACUGCCAGGACAAGUUCAAACCAGGAAAAAUCUUCAAGCACAAAUGGGAGAACUGCAUGACGGUUGACAAGAAGGCAUGGACACAUCGUCGUAAAAUCCAGAUAGAAGAUGUUCUAACAAUUGAGGAACUCUUGACAGAGAUUGCACAGACCAUUAGUUUUGGUGGAAAUAUCUUGAUCAAUGUUGGACCAACAGCGGAUGGAGUUAUCAUUCCUGUUUUUGAGGAGAGACUCAGACAAAUGGGUCAGUGGCUCAAGGUCAAUGGGGAGGCCAUUUAUGAAACCCAGCCUUGGAUUGAAGGCACAGACAACAUAACAUUUCAUGGGAUUUGGUACACCACAAAGAAGCAAGGAAAUGCCACGGUGGUGUAUGGCAUCGUCACCACGUGGCCUGAGGAUAAUAGACUUCUCUUAGGUGUUCCAGUUCCCAUGACAACCACCAAGGUCACCAUGAUAGGUGUCAAGGAACCAUUAAAAUGGUCAAUAUUCAAAAAUGUUGCCAUGGCUGUAGAGUUCCCGACAUUACCACCCAAUAAAAUGCCAUGCAAAUGGGCAUGGGUCAUCAAAAUGGAGAAUCUCAAAAACCAAUAAACUCUUAGUGUACUGAAAACUGUUUUAUCCAACACAGCUCUACAAUCCAUUUCAAAGUGAAUUCCAACCUUGAUUUACAUUUCCAUUUUGACUAUUUUUUGUGUUUUCUUACACACUGUGCAAUUCAACACCCAGUCAUUCAAAUGCAAAAUCCCAAUGUAUGUCAGAUUAGACAGGGUAUUUACUGUAGAUUUACCGGGUAUAAUUUUUAGCUCACCUGAGCUGAAAGCUCAAGUGAGCUUUUCUGAUCACAUUUUGUCCGGCGUCCGUCUGUCUGUCCGUCUGUCUAGCUGUCCAUCUGUCCGUCUGUCUGUAAACUUUUCACAUUUCCGACUUCUUCUCAAGAACCGCUGGGCCAGUUUCAACCAAACUUGCCACAAAGUAUUCUUGGGUGAAGGGGAUUCAAGUUUGUUAAAAUGAAGGGCUAUGCCCUCGUUCAAGGGAGAUAAUUGGGAAUUAAUGAAAAUUUGGUGGCAUAUUUUAAAAAUCUUCUUCUCAAGAACCACUGUGCCAGGAAAGAUGAAACUUAUGGGGAAACAUCCUCAGGUAGUGUAGAUUCAAGUUUGUUAAAAUCAUGACCCCUGGGGGUAGGGCUGGGCCAAAAUGGCCGACCAAACUUUUACAUAGAAAUACAAAGGAAAAUUCUUUAAAAAUCUUCUUCUCAAGAAUGACAAAGCCAUAAUUCAUCAUAUUUAUAUGGAAGCAUGCUCAGGUAGUGUAGAUUCAAGUUUGUUCAAAUCAUGACCCCCGGGAGUAGGGCGGGGCCAAAAUGGCCGACCAAAGUUUUACAUAGAAAUAUAUAGGAAAAUUCUUUAAACAUCUUCUUCUCAAGAAUGACAAAGCCAUAAUUCAUCAUAUUUAUAUGGAAGCAUGCUCAAGUAGUGUAGAUUCAAGUUUGUUCAAAUCAUGACCCCCGGGGGUAGGGCGGGGCCAAAAUGGCCGACCAAAGUUUUACAUAGAAAUAUAUAGGAAAAUUCUUUAAAAAUCUUCUUCUCAAGAAUGACAAAGCCAUUAUUCAUCAUAUUUAUAUGUAAGCAUGCUCAAGUAGUGUAGAUUCAAGUUUGUUCAAAUCAUGACCCCCGGGGGUAGGGCGGGGCCAAAAUGGCCGACCAAACUUUUACAUAGAAAUAUAUGGGAAAAUUCUUUAAACAUCUUCUUCUCAAGAAUGACAAAGCCAUAAUUCAUCAUAUUUAUAUGGAAGCAUGCUCAAGUAGUGUAGAUUCAAAUUUGUUCAAAUCAUGAGCCCCAGGGGUAGGGCGGGGCCAAAAUGGCCGACCAAAGUUUUUAAAGAUAUAUAUAGGAAAAUUCUAUAAAAAUCAUUUUCUAAAAAAUAGCAAAUCCAUGAUUGGUCAUGGGACUACUUUUGGAUUUAAACUUUACUAUAAAAAGCCAUUUUCUACUUUUUCCUACCCUUAGUGCUUAGGUGAGCGAUGUGGCCCAUGGGCCUCUUGUUUGAAUUUUGGAGUACCUCUUGAGAAUUUAAAGAAUCACAAAGUUCAGUUUAAUCCAAAGGAUAUCCUUAGUUACAUUCCAGAAAUUGUAAAAUUAGAAUACCGGUAGUUAAAAUUUUUUGUAUCAACUGUUAUUUGGUCAUUUGACUAAAGACUUGUUGCGUAAUAAUAUUUUUAUGAUAUUUUUUUUAGUCUCUGAACAUGUAAAUGAACAUCAGGUAUAAAAUGUUCAAAUUUUUUACUUUUCACCAAGCCAUCUAUGAAGUAUACACCUUACCUGAUGUAAAGCUGGCAUAUAUUCAUGAACAUAUCUAAAAUUUAUUUUUUUUACUAGUAGUAUAUAUAUAUAUGCUUUGUAGUUCAAUCAUAUAUACAAAAUCCAACCAUGAAUUCAAAUGAUUUUUAAAAUGUUUUGGUAUGCACUCUACAUGUGCACCACUUUUAUAGAUGGACUGUAGUAAGGUUUAAAUCUUGUCCACAUAGCAUGUAGUGCAGUGUACUUAAUUUUCAGUUCUGCUAGUCAGAGAUCAGAAGAGAUUUUGUAAUGGUAGGGUUUUCAUUGUCCAUCUGAUAUUCUGAUAAAAUCCAACAGAAUGCUUGGCCUUACAAGGUUUGGUCCAAUU